GACACUUCCUGUUUACCUUUUUUUUAGAAGAGUUGUUUUCCUUACAUUCUCUAGUAUUAAUUUACUCAUUCGAUUUUGUCAAGUGAAAUCGAAAGAGUUUUAUGAAUAUAACCAACAUGGGAAGUUUUGAGAAAAACACAAGCUGGACAAGCAGAGAUACUGAGAUACCAAAGUUUCCUAUUCAAAGGUUGGAACCGUCAAUACAGAAGUUUCUUAAAGUGAUUGAAAUGGACUUGGACAGGUUACAUAAACACAGGCUUAAUAUUGAAAAGUACAGUAGACUACAGGAUUGGACUAACCUAAACAAGGAACAGAUAAACACAACCCGUACAGUUCAACAAAUUGUGAGGAAUAUUAAGGAAAUAGAAAAAACACGCAGACAAGUUCAGGACAGUGACCUCCACAAGUUUGACGAAAAAAUUGAAGAUAUGAAAAACACUGCUAUUAGAUCCAUUAAAGAGUUUGCAGAAAUAGAAAGUAAUGAAGCAGAGACUACUCCAGAAUCUCAAGAAGAUGGUAACCUCAGUCAUCCACUCAUGACAGGUAAACGUUCAGCAGACCCAAACAGAGAAUCGUCUGUAGAACUUGGAAUUGAACAGUUACAGAUUAAUCCUAAAAUCAUUGACGAUACAGAAGCAAUGGAGUCAUGGGAAAAUUUACAUCAAAAUUUAAUGGAGUUAAACACAAUGAUUCAUCAUUUUUCAACAGAAGUACAUUCGCAACAAGAGAAAGUUGACAACAUCCAAGAUAAUAUAGAAACAGCUCAUCAAAGUAUUAACGAGGGGACACGAUCACUUGGCCAGUCUUCAAAAUACAAGGCAGCCAUCUUCCCCAUAGCUGGUGCUGUGAUUGGUACAAUAAUGGCCGGUCCUGUAGGAUUAGUGGCUGGAGCUAAAAUAGGAGGUGUGGCAGGGGCUGUAGGAGGUGGCAUUGCAGGUUUUGCAGGAGGAAAAAUAGUUAAAUCGAGACAAGAUAACAUCACAAAUAUUGAAAUGAGCAAUUUAAGUGAGAAAUCAACAGACAGUUGUGAGGAUAAACAAUCUCAAGGAAAUAGCUGGUUCCCAUGGAACUGGUGAAAGGAAUUUUACUAUUAUAAAAAUUGCUUAAAUAUUGCCACAUGAAUAGAGGGGAUUAUAUCCAAAAUUACAAUUGUAUAAAGGGAAAUAUUCACCUUACGCUCACUGCAUAGCUCCUGCUUAGUUCAAAAUGAGGCUGAAAUAGACUCAUUCUUUUUAAAUGCAAUAUAAGAUUUAUUAUUAUACUUCACGUCAAAAUGCCAGAUUUUGAUUGGUUAAUACGAGGGAGACAAUUUACUCUAUCCCAUGGCAAAUACUCUAUUACCCUUCACAGAGACGCUUGCUCAAGUUUGCGCUUUAAUAAAUCCGGAUGAUUGUUAUGUACAAGACAUCAUAGUUUAUUACUUUGAAUUUGAAAAUUAAUAGACAGUAAUAACAGAACAUUCAGUAUAAUAAAUUAAAUAACACAUAUCUGAGAGGGUGAUAGAGCAGAUUGUUACCCCUCGAAAAGACAUUGUCAACCUUGGCUUCGCCUCAGUUGACAAUGUUUUCUCGGGGUAACAAUAUGCUCUAUCACCCUCUCAGCUAUGUGUUAUUUAUAUAAUGUCACAUUGUUUAAUUUUAACCUAAAAUUCAUUAGUUGUAUAGAUGUUUUGUAUAGCAUUGUGUAGAACUAUUUUUCUCUUGUUACGUAGAAUUUCAUAACAUCAGUAUACAGAUGCAAAUGUAGGAGAAUCAAGUGUUUGGUUUUGAUUUGAAGAUUUGAAAAUCCUCUUUAUAUGUUCUUCACUGCACAGAAACACUGCAAAGAGUUUUAAAAAAACUUUUCCCAAGGUUUAUGUUUUAAAUAUUUCUUGUUUAUGGUUCUGAUCUUUCUUCGAGAACAAUUUAUGAGAGAUAGAGACUUUCAUGACUUAUUUUAAUAAAAUGAGCAAAAAUUUACACUUUUAAAUAUUUUCCACUUUACUUUGUUUUGAUGCAAUAUUUUGUUGUAUUUACAACCAACAAAAAGGGAGGUAAUGAACUUCAAAUUGAAGAAAUGUAGAGGUUAAGCUUUUAGGAGAACAGCUAUUAUUUGGUUAAACAUAAGAUUAAUUUUCCAGAAUGAAGACAAUAGAGGUCCACAUUCACAGAAUGUAAAAUUCUAAUUCAGAUGGUUGUAUGUUUCUCUAGUUAGUGUUCUGUACAUGUUUGUAAUGGACCAUGGAAUUUUCUUGCAUAGGUUGUGAAUUUCAUAGUACCUGUUAAAAUAUCUGAGGUCCAAGGGUAUAUAUCUAAUAGUUCAGGGAGGACCAUUAUAAGUACAUUAUUUCAGGCUAUUUUAGGCUAUUUUAGGCUAUAUUCAUAGGCAUGAGAUUGAAAAUGAUUUAUAGUCACAAUAAAAAAACAAUUGGGUGACGAUAAACGUCACUUUCUAAAUUAUAAUGUUAUCACAAAAAAAAUUUUGCAGUUCAUUUUGAGGGAUUCAAGAUAUGAAAAUUGUUCAGUUUAUUGUUUACGUGUUAACUUAUUUCUGUAAAUUCAGAAAUUAUUGCGAGGUUUUUAUUAAUGUGAAUGAUAACAAGAACUCUCAUUCUGAUAUUUGAUACAUAUAUCUGUAUGCAGAUUUUCCUAAAAUCGCAAGAAUUAAUCUCGCAUUUUUGUCCAUUUUUCAAAAAUCGCAAUAAUAAAUGCACACAAUAAUUUCUGAAUUUACAGUAAUUUUAAAAACAAACUUUGUGCUAUGUACUUUUCUGAAUGUUUAAAGAUUAAUGUUUUUGCUCUAUGAUAUACAAAAUUGAAAAAAAUUAAUUCUUUAGGAAGUACUUAAAUUUUUCAAAAAUAAUCCCCAGAAAAACAUCCUGUUUUUUAUCUAAUCUGAGCAAUAAAGUCAUGAUUAUUGGAUUAAAAACUGUUUUGAUGUUGGAAGUAUGAAAGGUUCUAUGAAAUUUCAAUAUUUAACAUUUUAUUUAUUGGUAUGCAGUCUGAUAAAUUUGGAUUAAUCUUAUCAAUGGCAUAUAAAAUUGUCUGGAAAUAUAUUGUUGUCUAUUUUCAAAAUUCGGUCUGAUAGGGAUUUAUGGUUUAUCCGUUCAAAAUUACACAGAUAAAAGUUUAUUAUUAAAAUGAAGGAAAUAUCAUAUGGGAUUAUACUAUUUGAAGCACUGAAAAUUUUAUUUGCUCACCUGGACCAUAGGUCUGUGAGAACUUGAAAUAUUUAAAGCUCAAAUCUUAUACUUCUGUAAAGCUGUUUCUAUUCAAGUUGUUUUAAAAAAUAACAUUCAGUUAUGGUAUCAGUGUGGUCACUCCAGGGUUUGCAGUUUACAUUUUAACUUUCUCAGUGAAUGAAAGUAAUUUAAAUUCAAAAUACACAUUUGAUUAUAUGUAUAUUUCAGUUCUACAGAUUUUUUUUUUAAAUGUAUAAUUGUGAUUUCAAAAUAAGUUUUAACCAAUGUGGUUACAGAAGUAAACAUCUGAUGUUGUCUUAUUGGCAAUCAUACCACAAAACUUUUGUUUUUUUUUUACUUUAAUUGCUUAAAAAGUAAUUUUGUAUUUUCACCUCAAAAGUUACACCUCUUGUUCUAUUUUUUUACAUAUCAUUUCUUUACAUGCAAAACAUGAAUGUUCUUUGGGCUGUUAAAUGGCGAUAAUUAAGAAGGACAAUCUUGGCAAGCUGAGUGUUCACUUAUAUUCUCAUACAUAAAACUGACUAAAGUAAUAUGGGAUUUACACAAGUCAUAUCAGACAGGUAUAAAAGGGGAACAACUCAAUUAUUAGAACAAGAAGUAAAUCACAGUUUGUAAAGUACUAAUAGAAUAAUGUUACAUAUAUAUCAUUGAUAAGUCCAGGGGCGGGUCCAGGUGAGGGCGUAAUGGGCGUACACCCCCCCUUUUCAAAAAAAAAAAAAAAAAACUAUGGUAAUCUGCUAAUAUUGUAUUGAAUAUGGCAAUUAGUGCAUUUCAUAAUUAUUUUAUGUUUUUUAGCAAAAAAAAAGGUCCAAAAAAAAUGUUUGCCUUGAUCCGCACGGCGAAAGAUUUCAUUCUACGCCCCCCUCUUUCUAAUAUCAAGUCAGCAAUUGCUUUGCUUCUGUGGUAAUGGAUGUAUCUUUGGUGCUGUAUAUAAGAUUGCAAUGUUACUGUUUUAAUAUAAUGUUAUUGACGAAGAUCUUAUUUUUAUUUCUUGUUGUAAUGAUAAAGCAACAUGACACAUCAUACUAUUUAUCAUUUUAUUUUAUAUUUAAAAUAAAUAAUGUUUUAAAAUUGUUACAAACUAAUUUUUAAGUUUGAUUUAUAUAAUUUAAUUUAAUGAUAUACCAAAUGAGAUUACUUAUAUUGCAAAAAUCAAAAAUUUAAAAACUAAACUUAUAGUGCAAAAAUCAAAAAUUUAAAAACUAAAUAUUUUGCCCUCAAAACAUUAAGUUUUUUUGCAAAUUAAUUAAGGUUUAUGAAUCAAAUUCAUAAAAUAAUCGUACAUUACAAAGUGAUGAUUAAUUUAACCACAAUUCUGUUUGUUAUUUAUAAAUUUUCAUCAGAUCUGCCAUGAUGUAUAUAUAUAAUUUUUUUUUUUAAACAUAUAUAUACAUAUAUACUUAUAUUCUAUCAGGGGUAUUUAAAGUGUGUCAAGGUCAUUGUAAAUAAGUCAUGUUGCCUUAAGCUAUUUAAGUUUUAAAGAUAAGUAUGUUCUUUAACUACUGUUAUUGUUUCAAUCUAAUGCUAAAUAAAAGGGGGGUGGUCUAAGAAGUUCAACUACAGUGAUCACUAGCCUCAGAUUGUGAGUUCAAACCUCACUCAUAGCAAAAUGUCUACAACUUUGACCAAGAUAAUUGACAAGGAUUUUCAGUUUUCCCAUAUAAGGUCAGUGGUUUGUUCCAGGUACAAUAAAAAAUGGCUACCAUGAUAUAGCCAUGGUCACUGAAUGUGUCAUUAAACACCAAUAAACAAACUGAAUGAAAGGAGAUUAAGGAUCUUGGGUAUUUUCUUCUUCUGUUAAAACAGCAUGGAUCACUUUUAUAAAGAAAAACUACUUUAAUUGAAAAAAUUGCCUGAUGCACGAGGGUCUGGAUGGGGAUCCUUAAUUUCUGUAUUUAAAAAUGAUUAAGGAUGUACUUUAAUAGGUGAUCGAAGGUAAAAUUAAAUAAAUCAAGAAUUCAAAAUUGAUACUUUAAGCUGGAAGAGUAUUAGUUAAGGAUCAAAAUAAGCUAAAAAUAUUGAUAGGUCAUGGAGCUCCUUUUCGAGAUAUUUGAUUUAUAAAAUAUGGCGGUAAAAGGCUGACUCUGACUUUUACCUUAUAUUUGCAUUGGUAUUAUUUUGGUCUCAAAUUAAAAGAAAGAAAAUCAAGAAUCUGCUUAAAUUUUGUCAAAUGACCGUUUAUGAGCUAUUAAGUCUUAUGUUAAUAGAUAAAUAGGUGUUAUGGGGCAAAAUAUUUUACCUUGUAUCGUAUUGAAAAACACUGAGGAGUCAAUAUUUGACACUUAUUCCAAAACCUCACCUAAGUACAUCCUUAAGGCAGUUUUCUUUUAUCUUUAAAAAUAACAUUUAUUCUGUCAAAUACUCAUGUGUAUGCAAUUAAAUCUGCAAUUACUGUAAAUUCAGAAAUUAUUGCGUGCAUUUAUUAUUGCGAUUUUGUCAUUUUAGACUUAAAUGCGAUUUUAAUUUUUACGAUUUUGAGAAAAAUCCUGUUUAGUUCAGAUAAAAUAUUUCAAAAUGCGAGUUUAAAUUAUUGCGUUUACAACUCUGUCGCGUUUGUCGCAAUAAUAAAAAACUCGCAAUAAUUUCUGACUAUACAGUAUAUGAUUUCUUGUUUCUGUAUAUUGUUCUGUUUUAAGUAUUGUAUUACCUAAUUCUUUUAUUUUCCACAAUUAUUCUUUAUACUUUCGCUCCCAAUUAAUUCUCUAUUUAAUUUGUUUGCUCAUCUUCUCUAUUCAUUAUAUUAUUUGGCCAUUAUUUUCUGUUCUGUAAACCCAAUCCAAAUUCAUGCAUGAAAACAAAACUGAUUAAUAAGUGGCUUGUCGUCUAAAAUAGAUUAACAUCAAUUCUGUUUGAGCAGUUUUGAUUUGGAUGAAAUUUAUAAUGCUCUUGUUAUAGUAAUUUGAAAAGAAUUUACCAUUCUAAAAAUUGGUUGUACAUUAAAUGGUAAAUAUUGUGUUUAUGCAUGAAUAGUUGUGAAACUAUAUGACAAUGGUAAUGAAUAUUUUGUUAUUUAUUUUUCUUAUUAUAAUUUUUGUUAUAAAUAAUAUAUAUGGAGACACUCUAAUAAAAAUCCAAAAGAUUUAA